AAGAGCUUGAAACAACGCCUCGGUAAAAGUAACAUUCAGGCACGACUGGGCCGGCCGGCGGGACCCCUCGCCCGCGGUGCCAUGGGAGGAAGAGGGCUGUCCAUGGGGCAGAGGGGCUUGCCGCGAGGAGCCAUGCGUGGUGGCCGGGGGGCACGGGCUCUGCUGAGAGGAGGAAUCCCACUCCGAGGUCAGAGCCUGCUUCGUGGAGGACGAGGUAUAUCCCCCAGGAUGGGCCUGAGAAGAGGGGGCCUGAGGGGUCGCGGUGGUCCUGGAAGAGGCGGUCUGGGCAGAGGUGCCAUGGGCCGUGGAGGACUGGGAGGCAGAGGCCGAGGGGUGGUGUCGCGGCAUGGCGGGAGCUUCGGAGGUCGCGGCAGAGGCCGAGGCCGAGGAAGAGGAUCGGCACGUCCCGCGUUGACCAAGGAGCAGCUGGACAACCAGUUGGAUGCUUACAUGUCGAAAACGAAAGGACACCUGGAUGCUGAGCUGGAUGCUUACAUGGCUCAGACAGACCCGGAGACAAACGACUGA